AUGCAGCCGCCGGAGCACCGCGGCCCCGCGGGCCUCGAGGGGCUCCUGACAGCCGGGGGCUUCGGCGGCAGCCAGCCCCGGGGCCUACCCCCCCCGCCGGCCCUAGGUGGCCCCUCGCCUCCCCCCGGGCUCAACCCCGGCUACCCGGCCGAGGAGCCGGCCAAGCCGUGCCUCCCCGGCCCCGCCGCCCCGCCGGGCCCUGCCGCCCCGCCGGGCCCCGCCGCCUCCGCGCCGCUGCCCUACGGAUACUUCGGCAGCGGCUACUACUCCUGCCGCGUCGCCCGCAGCGCCCUCAAAGCCGGGCCCCCCCCGGGCGGCUUCCCCGCCGACAAGUACCUGGACCCCCCCGCCGGCAGCGAGGACUUCCAGAGCCGACCCGCCGAGCUCGCUUUCUACCCCGGUUACGGGGCCCCGUACCAGCCUGUGGCCAGUUACCUGGACGUUUCAGUGGUUCCGACCUUAGGAGCCCCGGGGGAAGCCCGGCAUGAGACUCUUUUGCCCGUGGACAGUUAUCACCAGCCGUGGGCUCUGACCAGCGGCUGGAACAGCCAGAUGUGCUGCCCCAAAGAGCAGAGCCAGGCUGGCUACCUCUUGAAAUCUGCCUUUGCAGAUGCUGCCGCGCAGCUCCCCCCCGACGGCUGCUCCUUCCGCCGGGGCCGAAAGAAGAGGGUCCCUUACAGCAAGGGGCAGCUGAAGGAGCUGGAGAAGGAGUACGCCAGCAGCAAAUUCAUCACCAGGGACAAGAGGAGGAAGAUUUCCGCCGCCACCAACCUCACGGAGAGGCAGAUCACCAUCUGGUUUCAGAACAGGAGGGUGAAGGAGAAGAAAGUCGUCUCCAAAAUCAAAAGCAGCAGCACCUCGUGA